AUGAUUGUAGAACAUAUAUGUGAUAAAAAUGGUAUAGUUAUGAAAAGGUUUAAAGACAACAUGCCUGGUAAGGAGUUUGCACUGUCUUUUUUAAAAAGACGUGCAAAGAGCAUUAAUCCUAGAAUUUUUCAAAACAUAAAAAGGGCAAGGGCUGCUGUUUUGCCAGAACAAAUUAAUAAUUAUUUUGAUCAUUUAGAAAAAUCUAUUGAACGUGUACCACCAUCAAAUAUUAUAAAUUAUGACGAAACAAAUUUGUCCGAUGACCCUGGCAGAUCAAAAGUAAUUGCUAAAAAUUGUAUGAAAUACCCAGAACGAAUCAUGAAUUCUACAAAGUCGUCAACAUCUAUCAUGUUUACUGUAUCCGGGGAUGGUAAUAUUUUACCGACUUAUGUAGUAUAUAAGUCAACAUAUUUGUAUGUGCCUUGGAGAAAUAGUGCUCCAAAAGGAACACGAUUUAACUGUUAUAGAUCAGGUUGGUUUAACACAAAAUUUUUUGAAGACUGGGUGUUCACUGUUGCUAUUCCAUACUUGAAAAAGUCAGUCGGUCUAAAAGUUCUUGUAGGGGAUAGUCUCUCUUCUCAUUUAUCUUGUGAUGCCAUUAAAAUGUGUGAUGAUAGUGGAGCAAAGUUUGUAUUUCAUCCAGCAAACUCAACGCAUUUAACACAACCGUUUGAUGUAGCUUUCUUCAGGCCUCUAAAUUCUCUAGAAUAUCUCUGGAAUUGA